AUGGGUUUGAAAGAAUCUGCGUCCAUUGAUGUUGGGUAUCCAAUACUAGAUGCCAAAUUUAUCAACAACAAGACUGUGUUGGUAGCUGGUGGAGGUGGGGAAGGAAAUAAUGGAAUUCCCAAUAAGAUCACCGCCAUCAAAUGCAGUUUCAAAGUCAAUGAUGCUAAACGAAGACUACAAAAGUUUAGAGAAGUUCAACUACCACCAAACGAAGACUCACCUCAAUGUAUUGAUGUGACAAGACUAAUUGACGAGAAUGAAUACAAUGUAGUUGUUGGAUGCAAUCAGAGUUCUGAAUUGAUCAAGUCCAUGAACAUUAAUAACAAUGUUAGAAAGUACAAGUAUAAUAAAGAGGAACAUUUGAUAUUUGAUGAUGCAGCUCAGUUCGAGGAGGAAAUUAGUGGAGAUACCGAUGAGUACCCAAAAGUCAUUAGAAUCUCACAAGACAAUACUGUAGGUUGCUUGAUGACAUCGACUGUACCAUCUGUGUUGUACUUUUUCAGCCCUGAUGCAUUGGAAUUAAAGUUCAAGUAUAAACCACCCGGAAACGACGAGAUUAAAGACUUUGCUUUUAGUCCAAAGACGGGGUCAACAUUGUGUUAUAUCACGUCUUCAUCAAUCGUUUCCAUAUCUACUCAAACUAAUUCCGUCAUUGGUACUUCUAAAACCGCACCUGCUGAUAAACAAUUGGAAAAAUACAAUUUGUCAAAAGUCAAGUUUAUCAUUGAUAAUGAGGUCGUAAUUUCGAGCAGUGUCAAGGGCGGUAAAGGUGCAGCUUUAUUGAGGUACGACUUGAAAAAGCAAAAAAUUAUGCAGGAGCAAGUGAUUGCAAAGAAAUUGAAUAACGUUGUUGCUUUGGAUGUGUCUGUUCCACAGGAUUUGGUGGCGUUUGCAGGUAAUGAUCUAAUUGUUUACAUCGUGAAGCUUUCAAAUUUCAAGUUGUUGGAAACUAUUAAGAAGUUGCACCCUUUUGCCAUCACGAGUGUGUCUUUUUCACCAAAUGGUACGAAAUUAGCCACAGGUAGUGCUGCAAAUAUCUUGAAUGUCGUUCGCGUACCGCCAAAAUAUGCAUCAGGAAAAUCAGUUAUAGGCACACUUUUCCAAUACUUGUUUACAAUAAUAUUAAUUGCUGCACUCGGAAUUGGUAUUCAAAAGGUUCAUGAAACUGGUCAGUUGGAUGGGGUAAUAGAAUUACUGAAAAAGUUCCUGAAAGAUUAUAGGGAAGUUGGUUUGCAUUAUGGAAAGAUUGGUACUGAGUUGGCUGGUGAAUAUGGAAAAGUUGGUUUAGAGCUAGCUGAAAAGUAUGGAAAGAUGGCGUAUACAAUUGCAGAAGAAUACGGCAACAAGUAUGGCUCUAAAGCGAUUGAGCUUUACAAAGAAAAGUUUGGCAAAGAAGAUAUCGUACGAGAUGUCAGUGAACAAGCAGGGAGCACCUUGAAUGAUAUCGUACUGGAAGUGACUAGAGAAUUACGUGCAGAGACGAUUGAAACUGAUUUCGAUAGUGAAACAUUGGACAAAAUCAAGUUGCGUACUGGAAUUAUAGAAUCUACGAGGAACGAGUCCUCUUCUGAAACGUUUUUGGUAGACGCUUCGUUUUCGGAAUCUAUUUCCAAUCUGAACAUUAAAGCUGAUCUUACACAAGGGGCUUUCACAGCAUCAACAGAGUUUGCCACCGUUGCAGUUCCUGAGUAUGAGAGUAUACACGAAGUAGUCAACAAUGCCACAAUUGUUGAAGAACAGGAUGCUGCCCACGUAUCUGAUGAUACACAACGAGCUGAUGCUAUUGAUGCUGAUCCCCACUAUGAAGAAGAAUAUGUUGAUAUUAUCGAGGAAGUCGUUUACAACGAAUCAGAACCAGAGGAGCAGGAUUAUACUUCAAAUGGUGAGACGGAACAAGUAAAGACUGAAAAAGUUACAGAUGACAAAUUUCCUCAUGAUGAUUAUGUGGAAGUUGUGGAGGAGGUUGUGGAGGAGGUUGUGGAGGAGGUUGUGAAAGAAGUGGAAUCUGCAUCAGAGCCAAUUGACUCGAACAAUAAAGAGGUGGAGGCUACGGACACUGGCUACAUCGAAAUUGUUGAAGAGGUUUACGAAGAAGUGGCAGAAGACUCAGCAUCAACCAGUGAUACACAAGAUGAAGCGAAUGUGGAAACUUCCGAUUCCUCUAAAUCAGAUGGACACGGCAAGGGUGUCAAUGGUGAAGAAAACAUCGAGGUAAGUAAUGCUGAUUUACCCAAACACGAAAACAUAUCAGAAUAUUCUUAUAAAGACUCUGAGGUCGGGGAAGUACAGGAUGCAAUAGAGGAAUCUCAACCAAUUGCCGAGGAAGCACAGGUUGAUGCGGAGGACUCGAAGCCAAUCACUGAUGAAGUACAGGAUGCAGUAGAGGAGUCGCAACCAAUUGCUGGCGAAGCAUAUGCAGAUGCUCCAACCGACAAACCAGAACCAACUGCAAGUGAUUCACACGGAGUAAGUUUUGACCACAAGGAUGUUGAAAUAUCUACUGAAAUUGAGGUAGAACCUGUUGCUGGCGAAAAAAUAGCUGGACACCAUCUCGACUCAUCAGUGGAAAACACUACAGGCAGUGAAACAGUUGCAGAGGCUCCAUCACAUGCAACUGAAAGUCAUGACGAGGAAACCAUUGUUUCACAGCAAGAUCAAUUGGUGGAUACUGUACAGAGAAACCAAGCAGAAGAAGGUGCCAGUGUGGAUGAAUUCAACUCUCAAUUGAGUCAGGAACAAGGUGUUCAAGAUGCUGUACCAUCAGAACCAACCGAGGAUAGACAAGUUGAUGCUGAAGCAGCUGAGAUUGACCAAACAUUCGAAGCUUCUGAUGUAGUCAAAGAGGAAACUUUUAACACGCAGUUUAUUAGUGAACCUGCAACUAGUGUAGCCGAUGAGCAGAAGUACACACCGGAGGAGCCGACACCGUUAGAGGAACCACACACCGUUGAAGUAUCUGGAACUGGCGGUGUUGAUCCAACUCCUCAACCAAAUGAAACAGAAAGCAUUGGAGAACCACCAGUUCCAGUCUCACCACCAUCGGGUGAAGCAGUGGAAAUCGACCAAGCUGUUACUUCAUUGAAUCCUGCUGAAGAAGAGGCUAACACAAUUGAGCCAACUGGUAAUACAAGAAAGGCUGUAGAGGAUUUUUCGCGAUCAAGUCUAUCUUCUAAACUUUCAGCACCAUCUUCAUCCAAAUCCGCUAGAAAAGUGACAAAAGUUGUCACAAGAACCAUCAAGAAAUCAAGAAGUGCUACCCCAACGAAAAAUGCAAGGGAAAAAGAUGAACUUUAG